AAAGAAUGUUGAGGUCCAUGGAAGAUGGAGAGAUAAGCAUAUCAGCUUAUGACACAGCUUGGGUUGCUCUAGUGAGAAAUCUUGAUGAUGAAAAUAAGCCACAAUUCCCAUCUUCUCUUCAAUGGAUUGUUGAUAAUCAACUCCCUGAUGGUUCAUGGGGAGAUGAACUAUUUGUGGCACAUGACAGGAUUCUUAACACCUUGGCUUGUGUCAUUGCAUUGAAAUCAUGGAAUGUGCACCCUGAUAUGUGUGAAAAAGGAAUGAAUUUUUUUGUGGAAAAUCUAGACAAGCUUCAGGAUGAGAAUGCUGAGCACAUGCCUAUUGGGUUUGAAGUUGCUUUUCCUUCUCUUCUCAAUAUAGCUAAAAGUUUGAACAUUGAAGUGCCUGAAGAUUCUCCUAUCUUGAAUGAAAUUUUUUCAAUGAGAGACCAAAAGCUCAAAAAAAUACCAAGAGAAGUGUUGCACAAGGUUCCUACAACAUUGCUUCAUAGUUUGGAAGGAAUGCAAGAUUUGGACUGGAACCAACUUCUAAAGCUUCAGUCUCAAGAUGGGUCAUUCUUGUUCUCUCCAUCCUCCACAGCUUUUGCUAUUACGCAGACCGGUGAUGAAGAUGCUCUCGACUACCUGCACAAAAUUGUUGAGAAGUUCAAUGGAGGAGUUCCAAAUGUCUUCCCGGUGGACUUGUUUGAGCAUGUGUGGGCUGUGGAUAGGCUAGAACGCCUUGGAGUUUCGAGAUAUUUUAAGCAAGAGAUCAAGGACUCUGUGAACUAUUUGUCAAGAUACUGGACGGAGAAAGGUAUUUGCUGGGCGAGAAAUUCGGAAGUUCAAGAUAUUGAUGACACAGCAAUGGGAUUUAGAGUUCUAAGGUUGCAUGGCCACUAUGUUUCACCCAAGGUGUUCAAGCAUUUUGAGAAAGAUGGUGAAUUCUUCUGCUUUGCGGGACAGUUGAACCAAGCUGUGACAGGCAUGUUCAAUCUGUAUAGAGCAUCUCAAGUGCUGUUUAAAGGAGAGGAAAUUCUUGAGAAUGCCAAGAGCUUCUCUGCCAAAUAUUUAACUGGGAAACGUCAUGCUAAUGAGCUUCUAGACAAAUGGAUCAUAACUAAAGAUUUACCUGGCGAGGUGGGUUAUGCUCUGGAUGUUCCAUGGUAUGCUAGCUUACCCCGAUUGGAGGCAAGAUUUUACCUUGAGCAGUAUGGUGGUAAAAAUGAUGUUUGGAUUGGCAAGACCCUUUACAGGAUGCCGUAUGUGAACAAUGAUGUCUAUCUGGAGCUUGCGAAAUUGGAUUACAACAACUGUCAAGCAGUACAUAAUAAAGAAUGGGAAGAAAUCCAAAGGUGGUACCUGGAAUCCGAACUAGAAGGGUUUGGAUUGACCAAAAAUAGUCUCCUGUUCGCUUACUUUGUAGCAGCAGCCAGCAUAUUUGAGCCUGAGAGGUCUUUAGAGAGACUUGCAUGGGCUAAAACAACAGCUUUACUCCGGACACUGAAGUCGUAUUUUAAAGACGAAGAAACUAGGAAUGCGUUUGGCGAUCAGUUAAACGAAAGCAUUAAGGGAGGAAACAACUCAAACAAGUGGUUAAAGAACGAGAGAGAUGAAAAACUCCUGGGAGUUUUGCUGACAACCCUUGAUCUCAUUGGCUUCGAAAUGUUCAGGCGCCAUGACCAAGAAAAUUCACAUUAUUUGAAUCGAAUGUGGCAAAGUUGGUUCUCAAGCUGGCGUAGUCAAGGAAACAGAUGCCCAGGAGAAGCAGAAUUACUUGUGCAAAUCAUAAAUUUAACCUCUGGCAAUUGGUCAGAAGAUCUAGAGCUUGAUCCUCAGUACCAGAAAUUGCUUGAAGCCACUGAGAGAGUUUGCGUUAGCAUCCAUAAUUACCAAAUCAACAUGGUUAGUAAUGAAUACAAGUCGCAUAGUAAGGUGAAUGCCCACGACGUAGAGUCAGGGAUGCAAGAACUAGUGCAAUUGGUGCUUCAAAGCUCUCAAAGUGAUUUGCACUCAACUAUCAAUAAUUCAUUCCUCAUGGUGGCCAAGAGUUUCUACUAUGCAGCAUACUGUGAUCCAGUGAUCAUUGACUAUCAUAUUGAUAAAGUUCUCUUUCAAAAAGUGAUCUGAAACAC